AUGGGCAAGCGAAAGCUAGGCGAAGACAAUCGCAGUCUUUCCUUCCAUCGGGUCAUAACCCUUAUCCAGACGUAUAUACUUGUUUCUAAUAAAAAGUGUCCGCCCAGCUGCAAUAUUCUUGGAAAACGUUAAAGGAUUUGAGCUGUCGGACGCAUGGAAAGAACUUCUAGAGGCGCUGUUCCACUCCGGAUACGAAAUUCGGGUGAGCUUCCACUAAUUCGUCAGACCUGGAGUCGCUACCCAAUUCAUAGAAGACGUUGCUUUUUCGCUUAGACUUCCAACAUUGUGCUUAUUAUAUUUGCAUAAAACUUGUUGUCGGUGGAUUUAAGCUUUAAGGGGUUGUUUGCAUGAUUAAAGUCGUAACUGGACCGAGGUAUUAAUUAAAGAUGACAGGAUUAUUUGCCUGAUAAUGUUGUCUACUGGCCACCUCAUUGAUUUUGCCUUCGGUCUUUAUUCUACGCCUUAUCCAGCUACCUCAUAGCCAAGAUAUGCUCAGUGUCCGUGCCUACUGAGUUAGAACUGUGUAAAAGCAUGUGUUCUGUAGUCGCUUGUGUCUGCCUACAGUUUCGAUCUUAUAUGUCUUGGUUCUGUCGUCUCGACGGUCCAGGGUGCCCUUUCGCCCUACUCCUGUGACGAUGUCUAGGUUCCCAGCCCAAAACCCGCGUGGGCGUAAUGAUAUCUCUCAAGCCUGUGAUAUUCAGCGUGCCAGUUGGCUUAGCACGUUUCGGGAAUCUGCCGCCGACCGACUUUGAUGGAAAACGACCGCUCGUAACAUCAUGAGUUUGCAGUAUGGAGCCGAGUGAACCGGUGCUGGUGGAAUCAACUAAGAGUACUAAUAGAUCACCCCGUUCAAUACGAACUUAUAAAAGUCCGUUGUGUUAAAGGGCCCAAAAAUACAGUUGACAGUUUUAAGUGGGGUGAUACCUUCGCUUGUCCAUGAUACUGGGCCACCAGAUUAGCAGUUAAUGGCCGUUCUAAUAACGGAAUUGGCUGUGCCUCCUGAUAUUCCAUGCUUGUUAGUUGGAGUGGACAGGCGAAGCAUGACAUGCAAAGGGCACAUCUUAGCGCCCCUAACCGAUACAGCUGCGUCAUAACAUACACUGGUUCCCGAAAAGUAGGUGAACACUAGUAGACUAGUUUUCCCCACUCCCCUGUAAUUCCUGUAAUUCAUCGGAUUUCAAGACGGUCGUUGUAGGAAUUAUUGUGUUUCAUUUUCACUGCUGUACUGUACUUAGCAUCUUGAGUUCACUAAACCGGUUUUUUGUUUUUCUGACUGUCAGCAAUUCCUGCUUACACCCCUCCAAUUUGGCAUACCCAACUGCCGAUUACGUUUUUAUCUGGUCGCAAUUUGGCGCGGUGCCUCGGACAAGAGCUCAUUUUCUUUCUCUGGAUCCCUGCCAGCCCCCGAUAAGGCCACUUCGGUAACAGACAUGCUCCAACUUUGGGAAAAAAGCAUAUUACGACUACCGCCUUUUGACGCACCUUCCCUUCCUAAUUGCGGUUGUACUGCCUGCACGGGGAAACUAAAGUAAUCUGCUUUUGUCGGUACUUUCUGUUUAGGCAUGUAUCCACACCGUCUGAGCACUUUGAUGAAUAUCUUGAGUUUUGUCGUCCUCUUUCGGACUUCCUGCUUCCCGACGCCGACCUGCCGGUAGGCCUUCCAAUUUUUUUUACUAAUUGCAGCACUUAUGAAAGGACAGUCUCCGUCUUAGCGAGGAAAAGGUGACAAAGUUCUAUCGUGCGCUGGAUAUCGUCACUCCUGAUAGCCACAAGAGUGCCUGUUUUACAAAGGGCUACUCCCAACGAUUCGAAGGCACCGGGUCCUUUCUCCUUCUCCCUGACGACAAUUCGACGGUGGGUUCCCCAAACGUGCAUGUAUAUCCUUCCUCCUAUAUCGCAGGUCUUCGAUUUUUUUUAAUGAUAAAAGGGGACUUUAUAUCAGGUCACUGACCAUUCAUGAAAAUAAUCUAAGAACGUUCUGAGCGGUCCCUUAACACUGAAAGGACAGUUAACAAAUCUGAGGUAAUAACCCUUUGGUAGCGCAAAGGCAAUGGGCGAAAGAUUACCGGUUGUUUUGGAAACCCUAAAUUAAGUGGAACUAAAUCCCUACGCCAUCGACGAUUUCGCCCCACGUAACAUGUCUUUCGGCGGGUUAGCAUUUCCUGACUUAAAGCUUAAUGACUUAGCGUACUCAUCGGAUAUCGUAGCCAACUGUAGGAGUGGUCAGAUGACGUAUUUUACAGGAUUUGAAGUGACCAUCUUCUCAGCCUUACUAUUUCUCGAUUUCACAGUCCAGGGCAUCAGGGGACGCCAGUACGAAUGUGGACGAUUUUCCAAAACUUCGCUACUUCCACUCCCAAGAAGUUGCCAACCUCAUGUGUUUCCCUCCAUCGUUCAGUAAGUAUAAAAUCUUUCGGGUAAAAAACUCCCCCUGGUCUUGUUUGUCAGUACUAUUUAUUCUCUUGUAGAAUUCCCACCAGAAAUAAACGAAAAACAACGGCUUCGCUUACUAGGCAACAGCAUCAACGUAUUUGUGGUGGCUCACGUAAUGUACUGGGCAUUUUCAACUAGAACUCAGGGAUAA